UAACCAACACCUCACAAAUCAGAAUCGUAACUUCGAUUAUUCUUUUUCUUUCCCGUCGUUCACACUCUUAUUUUAACUUCAUGUCACCACUUUAUAAACUGCAUCAUCUCCACCACUUUCAAACCAUCCAUUAACACACACACUUCACACAAAACACACACUAGCCAUGAUCACUUCUAUUAAUGGAGCUUCCCUCAACUUAACACUUACGUUGUCGUUUUUAUGUGUGUUGCUUUUCGGAUCUGGCUGUUUGUGUGAAUCAGUUCCGGGUCUUUAUGUGUUUGGAGACUCGUUAGUUGACGUCGGCAACAACAAUUACUUGGCUAUAUCUCUCGCGAAAGCUGAUUUUCCUCACAAUGGUGUCGAUUUUCCUAACAGAAAAGCUACUGGACGGUUCAGUAACGGGAAAAAUGCGGCGGACUUUCUCGCGGAAAAGGUCGGACUACCGUCGGCACCGCCGUACUUGUCACUUGUGUUGAAAUCGAAGAAGUUGAGUAGCACCAAUGCGACGGUUACCGGAGUCAGUUUUGCAUCUGGAGGUGCUGGCAUCUUCAAUGGAACAUAUGAACUAUUUAAACAAUCAAUCCCCCUUACAACACAGGUGGAGUACUAUUCUUUAGUCCAUGAUCAAUUGGUUCAACAACUGGGCUCAGCUGGAGCCCAAGCCCACUUAUCCAAGUCUCUCUUUCUAGUUGUCAUUGGAAGCAAUGACCUUUUCGGAUACUUCAACAAAGACUCCCAAGUGUCUAAGCAAUACACGCCUCAACAAUAUGUUGAUCUCAUGGCCUCCACCCUCAAAGAACUUUUAAAGAGACUGUAUGGAUUGGGAGCACGUAAGUUUGUAGUAAGUGGAGUUGGAGUGAUUGGUUGUUGUCCGGCACAAAGAAAACAAAAUACCACCAGCGAGUGCAGGGUGGAAGCAAAUUAUUGGUCUACAAAGUACAAUGACGGUCUAAAGGCUUUGUUACGUGAUUUGAAGGUGGAAUCGUCAGAUUUUCACUACUCUUAUUUUCAAACCUACGAUGUUAUGAAUGGCCUUAUCCAACAUCCCGAAACUUAUGGAUUUACAGAGAUAAAGGCAGCCUGUUGCGGCCUUGGUAACCUAAACGCUGACAUCCCUUGCAUCCCAAUUUCAAUCUACUGCUCCAACCGAAAAAACCAUCUUUUUUGGGAUCUCUACCAUCCAACUGAAUAUGCAUCUAGUAUUUUUGCCCGUUCUCUCUACAGCGGAUCACAACAAGUUACGACCCCAAUGAAUGUAGAACAACUCAUUAAUGUCUAAACAACUUUUAGAAAUAUACACACACUCACACACAUAUUUAUACAUUCAUUGCAUGCUCUUGUUAAAAGAAAAUCGUAAGUACAUGCAUAUAUAUGUCAAAUUAGAUGUAUUUGUUUCUUAAAAUUGUUGUGAUGGUGUUUAUCGAUUAAAUUAAAGUAAGUUGGUUUUGUUA